AUGCGACCCGGCACCGUAGCCAUCCCCCAAACAGCCAAGCGUGCGCCUGUCAAGAACCGCAUAAACGACCAAGCAGCCAAUAGCAAAAACCCGCGUUGGUCGCCGUGGGCGCGUAAAAACAAGGGCCUCGGGGAGAGCGAAUCGGGUCGCGCGUAUCCACGGGUGUCGAGACACCUAACUGUGCAACUACUGUACACCGGCGUGCAAACAAGCCAGCCAAAGCCAGCCAGGCCAGCAAGGUUUCCUCUCUCAGCUCGUCCCGCCCGCCGACCGCCGAUCCGCCGACCGCCCCCAAACGUCACCCACUACUGCUUCGUGCAGAGACAGACGUGCCUUGAAGCUGAGCGAGCAGAAUACCGAUACAAUGGUAACGAGAUGGGAACGAGAGAUUGCGAUCCUGCGAGGCGCGCAAGCCCCCCUCCUCUCGUCUCCGAGGAGUUGCCCCAACAGAAUGAGUUCGUCUUGUGA